AAAAAAAAGCAAAAAUAGAAGAAAGCCUUUUAGCCUUUUCAUCAAGACAACAACAAACGAUCUAAAGAAGACGUCAUCAUUUUGACUCUCAUAAUAGCAUCAUCAUCAUAGAGGAUUUUUUCAAAAUCUAAAUAUCAACUAUAAUAAUAAUGGCAUCUCAACCCUUGUUGAUUUGUUAUGGAUCGGAGACUGGUAAUUCUAAAGCAAUUGCAACCCGUAUUUUCAAGGAAUGUGUGGACCAACAAUUUGCCAAAGAUACCCAACUCCUCUCUUUAAACGAAUUUUCAGUCAAUUUUAAGCUUCGUGAUCGUGCUAAAACUUUAAAACAAUCACCAAGUUCAAAUAAUUUGCAAGCUAUGGAUAACACUACAACUACAACCAAUGGUCAUAUUUUGGAUUCUAAAGCUAAUAUGAUCAUUAUUUGUUCAACAACAGGAAAUGGUGAUGUCCCACAAAAUGGUGAUAACUUUUAUCGUUUCAUCAAGUUAAAAUCAACACCAGCAAACUUUUUCUCUAAUCUCUCCUACACUAUUCUUGGUUUAGGUGAUAGUAAUUAUGAUAUGUUUUGUAAUGCUGCAAGAAAUAUUGAUAAGAGAUUAACUGAAUUGGGAGCUGAUAGAUUUUCAAAUAGAGGUGAAGCUGAUGAAGUUGUAGGUUUAGAAGUUGCUGUAGAGCCUUUCAUUGCACAAACAUUCCAAUCAUUAAGAAAGAUUUAUGCUUCACUCGCUACUCCUCAAACAACAUCUACUGUUGUUGAAAAUAUUCCUGUUGCAAAUCCUAUUGCUGAACCACCUGUUUCUGAGCCAUCUAGUGCUCAAAGUAUCCCUCAAGGGAUCCCUCAACCAUCCAAUCCAACCCCUGUUAAUCCUACAAUUCCAACCACCCUUCCUUCUCCUGUAUCAGAAAAGCAAGAAUCCAAUUUACCAAAUAAUAAUCAUAUGAGUGGUGCUGGCCGCUCCUCCAUUACUUCAUCUUCACACAAUGGAAAUACUGAGCCAACGGAUGUCACCCCAAUUAGAAAGCUUUCUGCUGCUGGGGGAUUACAACAAUUAGAUGCUCUAUCUUCACUUGUUUCUGCUUCUCAAUCAUCAGCUAAUCAAUACUUGACCAUCAUUCGUUUAGAAAACGAUAACAAGUUCAAACCAGUUGAUAACAUGACCUAUUACAACAAUAGAUUGAAGAGUAUGUAUGGAGACUGUUGUGAAGCUGUUUGUGACGAGGAGUCAAACGAAGAAUCAAACGAAAAGAAAGCUCCAGAAUGUCCUAGUGUUUUCUCUGCAGCCGUUCAUGGUGCUCGUUACCUUACCACAACUGAAUCCUCUAAGCAAGUUCUCCACUUGGAAUUUGAUAUCAACUCUGCUCCAAUCAGUGAUGAUGCCACAUUCAAAUAUGAGCCAGGUGAUUCAUUGGGUGUUUUCUGUGAAAACGACCAAGACCAAGUUGAUGCUCUCUUGGAAAAGUUGAAAGAAAUUGGCUCAUUGAAACACUAUGAAGUUCCAAAUGGAAAGAAGGGAAUUCAAAGUGAACCUCUCAGAGAAAAUGACUUGAUUUCUAUCAAGUGCAUUGAUGAAUCAAAGAAGUGUUUAUUCCCAAAUCAUUUCUUGGCUGGUGAAGAUGAAGCUAUUAGAUUGAGAACAAUCUUUACUAAGCGCGUAGAUAUCAUGUCACCUGUUACUAUUCCAAUGCUCCAAAUGUUAGCCAAAUACUGUACCAACUUUUUGGAAAAGUCAGCAUUGUUAAAAUUGACUUUUGAUACCAAUAUGUAUAAUACCCAGAUUGUAAAGCAAAGAGCUAAUCUAUAUGACAUUUUGUGCUGGUAUCCAUCAUGUAAACCACCAUUGAAUCACUUGUUACAAGAAAUGUCACCUCUUCAACCACGUUUCUACUCAAUUUCAUCCUCUCCAAUCAAACACCCUGAUGAAGUACAUAUUGCUUUCAGUGUUGUAAAAUUCGAAACUCCACCUCCACACCGUACAACUCGUGUUGGAUGUUGUACUCACUGGUUACAAAAUAAGGCAAAGAAGUUCUGGUCUAGUGAAGAACAAGUCAACAUUCCAGUAUUUAUCAAACCAUCUCCAUCAUUCAAACUUCCAAAAUCAUUGAAUACUCCAAUUAUCAUGAUUGGUCCAGGUACUGGUGUUGUUCCAUUCAGAUCUUUCUUGCAACAUCGUGAAUGUCAACUUGAUAAGAAGCAAUCUGAUGGUACUAACUGGCUCUUCUUUGGAUGUAGAAGUAUUAGAUCAGACUUUUUAUAUCGUGAUGAUUUGAGAGAUUUUGAAACUGAAAGUUUUGUAAACUUGAAUUUACUUGUUGCUUGUAGUAGAGAAGCAAACUCUGGAGGAGGUGUUUGGUAUGGAGGCAGCUAUGUUCAAGAUUAUCUCAAAGAAUAUUCAUCUAACAUUGCUGAAAUUAUGAUUAUGAAGAAGGGUUGUUUAUAUGUUUGUGGUGAUGCUCAAGGUAUGGCUACACAAGUUAACAGAGUACUUCAUCAAAUUAUAGAAGAAGAAUGUGGUUAUUCAUCAGAAGAAGCAAAGAAAGUUGUUCAACAAUGGCAAUCAGAAGGCAGAUAUUUGAAAGAAGUUUGGAGCUAAAUAAAUUACUUCAUUAUUAUUAAUGAUAUUAUUCAUCAAAAAAA